GACGACCCAACACCUAUAUAGUGCCCUACAGGUAUCGUUGUAACCUAUUGUGAUUGUGAUAAGGACAAUAGCAUUGAUAAUACUGAUACGACCAGCUGUUUGAUAACUAGAGUUAAUGACGGAGUGGAUUACUGUCCGUUACAUCGUCCAUCGUUUUACUGUGGUGUUGACUUUCGCCUUUGAUUGGGAUAUUUCAUUAUGACGAGGACAGAAGCCCUUGUGUAUUUAACCUCCGUGCUUAGCCUUGCUUUCCUGCCAGUGACAUCAUCCACAAUUCUAAAGGCAAGGUUUGACAAUAAUGGAGUCAGUGGAACUCUCACGUUCUCUCAACCGUCCGCUGGCGUGGCGACCGUGGUUACGGGGGUUUUAUCCGGUCAAGGCUCGAAGAGUAUGUGGGAGAUUCGGACACUUCCAGUCCGACUUGAUAUUGCCAAUCGAUGUAGUCAACUUGGACAGAGAUAUACGACACUAGGAGGAAUGCUACCUGUCAUGACAAUACUUCCUGCAGAUUUAAACAAUCUCGAUAUCAUCCAAGGUCGGUCUAUUGUGUUGACCAACACACAAGAUAACACAGACCUGGCAUGUGCGACCUUGGAGGCAGAAGACAUGGUAACUAUGACUGCGCGUUUCAAGGACACCAUUGGUGGGGAGGUAGUUUUCCGCCAGUCAUCCGCCAUUUACACUGAUCCAGUGUCGAUAUACGUGGACCUUUACCAUAUAAAAAACACCACAGGUGCAUCUGAUAGUUUUUUAAAAUGGACCAUUUACGACAAAGAAAUACUGGACAAUGAUAGUGUGGAGAGCAGGUGUGAGAAUCUGGGAAACGUUUUCAAUCCGACGAGUUCAACAGGAAACGGAUGUAAUGUGGCAGCUCAUCAAAACUGCAUGGCGGGAGAUCUGAGCGGGAAACAUAAUGCAGUGACAGUGGCAGUUGCUAAAGGGGACGGUGUUAAGAUGUUUCUAGAUACGGGAUUGAGUAUUGGAACCAUGAACUCCGCCGAGGGUAAAACACUAGUAGUGGAAACGCCAAGAUCAGUGCCUCUGGCAUGUGCAAAAAUUACUAAGUAUACCGCACGGGUUGCAAAGGUUACUGUAAGUAGGGAUGACAUCAAAGGUGCAAUAUCUUUUUCCCAGAAGUCCCCAUUCGACUGGACGGAAGUAAGUGUCGAUCUGACGGGGCUGGCUGGCAUGGCUGGCGGAUAUCAUAUCCAUAAAUACCCAGUUCCUUUGAAGAUGAGAAACGACGAGAAGGUAUGUGGACAAGACUAUGUCGGUGGCCAUUUCAACCCGUUUAGUGUGACAGGGACACUUCCGGCCCCGGGGGCGGGCACUAAUGACCAGUAUGAGGUAGGAGACCUCAGUAACAAAUACGGACUUCUGAACGGACGAACGGAAUUGAACAUUGUCCGAUCUGACUCAAACUUACCACUGUUUGGUAUCAACAGUGUGGUAGGCCGCUCGGUGGUGAUCCACAAACAGUCUGGAGGGUCGCGAUGGGUCUGCGCCACAAUCGAAUCCGAUGCCAACGUCUUACAAGCAAUUGCGACGUUCAAGUACCCGAUAAUUGGCUAUAUCGUCUUGCGUCAGCCCCAGGUAAACGGUCCGCUGUCGGAAACCCAGGUGUAUAUGGAACUUGACUACUGUAACUCGGCCAGCCCAAUGGCUACCGUCAAUCAUAACUGGCACAUCCACGUGAGCCGUAUUAACGAGGCAUUCGGAAUGAACGUGUCUCAAAGGUGUUCGUCUGUCGGGGGUCAUUAUAACCCUUACUCUGUCGACUUGACGGGAAAUUAUAACACGCAGUGUAAUCCAAAUAGUCAGCUCCGCUGUGAGCUCGGCGACUUAUCCGGAAAACACGGAAAGCUUAACGUUCGGACAUCAUCAGGGGGAAAGUCCCGGAUGUUCUUUACGGAUGUGGAUCUGCCUCUGUCUGGUCCAAAUAGUGUUUUAGGUCGAUCUAUAGUCAUUCACGAUGUCAAUUCAGGACCAGCGCGACUGGCAUGCGCAAACCUUUACAAUACUCCAGUCAGGUCGACUAAGAUCGAGAACUGGUCUAAAAGUUCAUAUCCGGGAACAACUGUUUUCACCUCUGGUACUCCGGGCGUUUUGGACGGUCCGACAUCCGUCGGUAUAAAUCUAAUGGGACUUGAUGGGAUGGCUAGUGGUUACCAUGUUCACAGUUAUCCGGUACCUUCUUCAGCUUCCUGUUCCGCUUCUGCAGUUGGCGGCCAUUAUAAUCCUCUCUCUGUGACAGGGUCUCCAACUAACAAGACGGACGACAUGUACGAAAUUGGUGACUUAAGCGGAAAGUAUAAUCACAUGUUAGAUGGCAAGAGUAGCGUGGUUUGGAACGGGAUCGAUACGAAUCUACCCAUCAGGGGAACCCACAGUGUUGUCGGACGCUCUGUCGUUGUGCACUUCGAUAACGGAACCCGAUGGAAAUGCGGAAAUAUUGUGGAGGACACUGAUACUUCCGGCAGUCAGAUGUUUACCGCUAAAGCAACGUUUAAAGGAGAAGUAGUUGGAAACAUUGUCAUGACUCAGUACCGGUACCCGGAUGGUGGACUCAGUGACACAGGGAUACUCAUAGAUUUGAAAUAUGCUGCAAACGAAACUUUAAUAACAAUGGGCCAUCCAUGGCAUGUACACGAGAAACCUAUGACAGGAGACUGCAGCAGUGCUGGGCCACACUACAAUCCGUUCAUGGUUGAUUUGAUGAAUUACACAGAGUGCUCUCCAUCAAACCCCCUGCGCUGUGAAGCGGGCGACUUGUCCUCAAAGACAGCCUUGUACAACAUUGGAGACGGAAAACGAUUCUUCACUGAUGUUAACCUCAAUAUCAUAGACGACUUUGGAGUGGUCGGCCGGUCUAUAGUAGUACACCAAGCUAAUAGUGGCGCUCCUAGGUAUGUGUGCGGUGACAUUAUGCCGGAAAACAGUUACAGUGAGCGGUUGAGCUUUGUCUCCGAAACUGUCAUGGUCGAUAAGACAUCACUUGUGAAGACCAUAGCAGCCGCUCUGCAUGCCCGACCCUACAAUAUGGCGGCAAAGCAGAUGUCUGAAGGACCAGGAUGUGUGGAUGUCGACCUCAUGUUUACGGGUAUCGACGCCGAGAGAAUGCAAACGGAUCUUCACGCCAUGGUGAUGAGUAGCGACCCAAAACUAGGCGUGUACGCCCCAACCGUCUGUCGGGCAGCGAAAGACUAUCAAAGAAAUAAUAUAGUGCCAACUGGAGUAAAACCACACCAGAGCAAUGAUGUCAGAAGGGAAACCCAGAGACAGAGGAUACAAAAACGUUUAGAAAAAUUCAAACAGAAACGCAUUUCAUCUCAGGUGACAGCUAUUGUUGCUAAGUAUGCUCGUGCGUUUAAGCUCCGCCGGCAAGCUGAGAAAAGGAAACUCCAUUUGUUAACUUCUAAAGGCCGCGUUUGUUUCGGGCGUCAGAGAUAUAGAGUGUGUUGUCGAAAAUCACGUCAUCGAAUCCAUGGCGCCCCUGUUAUUUGUCAGAGGCUGAUAGCUAGGGUUUACCAUCGUCAAUAAACGAAAAUAGACUUCAAUUAUUUUGAAACAAUUAAAAAGAAAUUUUCGA